AUGGGUAGUAGUCGUCGUCAAAAGGCCCUAUCCAAGUCUAUCCAACUCGCCCUAUUCCGCGACCCAGCUACCUUUCGGAAGACCCUCAUAGGGCGCAUCCUAGCCUUCUUUAGCAUCUUCUACAUCAAGCUCUUCCGAUAUGGGAGCAAUCUGUUUCGAAAGCUGCGCAGCGAGACAUGGGAGAUCGACGAGAAUGAGUACAAGGCGAGCUUCCGAGAUGAGAAGAAGACUGUCCCAUUGAAGCCAAUGGGCGAUCUUGGAAUGUCAGGAUCGACCUUCUUCCAGACUUCCAAUGGCAAGUUUCUCGUCAAGAGCCUCCCCCGACACUUUGAACAUUCCUUCUUCCGUGAGGAUCUGCUCGAGCCAUACUACGAAUAUAUGAGUGCCCAUCGCGAUUCUUUAUUGGUAUGGAUUACCGACUAUGUGUAUGCGCCGUAUCAGACGGUCGGGAGCCUUAUAGGGUCCACGCCAGCCCAUCACAUCAUCAUGGAUAAUAUCUUGUACGGGAAAACCGAAGACCCGAAAGCAGAUCAAUGGGAGAAAUACGACCUUAAACCCAUUGACUAUUUCUAUCCAGAGCGGGACUUGGUGCCAGAGCCGCUGGUUAGCGAAGAUACGCUGCGGAAGCUUGCUGACCAAUUUGACGACAAAAUCCGGCUGUCGCAAGAACAAUACGAGUCCCUGAAGCAAGUCUUGGAAGCUGACACGGACUUUCUCCGCUCGUCUAAUGCAGUUGAUUACUCUCUUUUCCUCGUACGGUUUCCGGCCUCCUCGCAGCCCGAGGUUGUUGGUAGGCAUGCUCCGUGGCGCAUCGGCGUAGAGUCUGCAGAUGGCAAAUGGAAGUAUCGUGCCGUGUUGUUGGAUUUCUUCUGGGCAAGACACAAAUUGCACGCCCAAGCCAUGACGGGGGUAAUUCAGACAUUCAAUGUCAUUGGUCGCCAGGGGCCAAUGACAAUUACAACGACGGCCGACGAAUACCAACAGAAGUUUCUGGCUAUGGUGGAUUCGAUGGUGGAAGUACAGCAGUCUUGA